GUGUUCCCUCGGAGAAUGGGCAGAGCCGGUGAGCGCGAGACUGCCAGGCCGUUUGUGUCGGAACCCUGCGCCCUCUCCGAGCGAUGCUGCGGAGCUGCGUCUCCCUACUGCGGACGCCGGGAGUCCUCUGCGUCCCGCUGGGAGGCGCGUCCCCGCUGGCGAGGGACUCGUGGCCUCUCAGGUCAUAUUCAUCAGAGGUUGCUCACAGGGACCAUUCUCUCCCCAACCCCAGCUGGAGCAAGGACAUGAGACUCAUUUUUGACCAGUUCAUGAAGAAGAGUGAAGAUGGCUCUUGGAAACGUUUGCCUUCAUAUAAAUUUAUAUCUUCUAAAAGGCUUGAAGAGGUCAAAAUCUUUUUUCCUGAUUCAAAGCCUGUGAAAGAAGAACCAUUGUCACAGGCUCGGCUCUUUCCCAGAAGCCUUGAGGAAGGUCUGGGGUUUGAAUAUGCGAUGUUCCAUAAUCAAGUUGAAAACAGGACAGUUUGCAUAUUGCAAGGAGGUCCUUACCUGCAAGGAAUACCUGGAUUCCUUCACGGAGGUGCCAUUGCAACCAUGAUUGAUUCUACUGUUGGUAUGUGUGCAGUUUUAACUGGGGGAGCUGUCAUGACUGCCAAUCUCAACAUCAAUUUUAGAAGGCCUAUCCCCCUUUGUUCUGUUGUUGUGAUAAAUAGCCAGCUUGAUAAAAUUGAAGGAAGGAAACUGUUUGUUUCCUGUAAUGUCCAAAGUGUGGAUGAAAAGACUCUAUACUCUGAGGCAACAAGCUUAUUUGUAAAACUGGAUCCUAAAAAAACUUCGCCAUAAAAGUUUCUGGUGCAUUCUGCACCAACCUGCACUGGGCUCUCCUUUCCUCCAGAAGAAGCUGGUGUCUCUGAUCCUGCCCCGCUUACCCACUUUUGAGCCCCCCCCAGGGGGUGAAGCCUGCUAAUACUGAUCUUCCUGAACAAAUCUUCGAAAUACAACUCCAGGAGGUGUUUGCAUCUUCUAAACUCUUUUAACACGGAAGGACUCUCUGUGACAGUAUCAGCAGUUUUUUGUGUGUCCUCAGAAUAAGUUUCUGGUUCUCCUAAAUUUGAAUGGGCUCCUUAAGGUUGCAUAAGCAUAGUAUCUUCCCCAUUACAGACUGAAGAAAAUUAUAUUGAAACUCUUAACACAAACUAGAAAAUGCCAGAAAACCGAAGGAAGGUGUGUGUGUGUGUGUGUGUGUGAGAGAGAGAGAGAGAGAGAGAUAAAUUACAAAGCUAGCUUUAUUAUAUCCAAACAAAAUCUCUUUGGCCACAGUAGGAAGCACAACUAGUUCCUAUAGGAAUGAAUGAUACCUCAACUCUGAAUCCUAGGGAUUAAAUAGCUGUACCAACAUAAGCUGUCCUGUUGUGUCUUAACCAACAGCAUAGUUGAUCUUCACUGGAAGGAACCUGUAUUUACUUCCCAGGUAUCUUCAUCCAUUCAGGCUGCUAUAACAAAAUACAGAACAAAAUAACCAACGGAAAUUGUUCACAGUUCUUAAACCUAGAAAGUCAAAGUCACCUGGUGAAGGCUAGCUUAACUGGCUUAGAGCUGAUGCCUUCUCACUGUGUCCUCACAUGGUAGGAAGGGCUAGAGGUUCUCUAGAUCCUCUUUUAUUAGGACACUAACCACACAGGAGGGUUCUACUUUAUUACAUAUUUCUCUACAGCCCACCUACUGAUAACAUCACGUUGGGUGUUAGGAUUUCAACACACGAAGGCAGUGGCGGGAACAAACAUUCAGACCUUCACUUCAGGGCUGCCAUGACAAAGUAUCACAUAUUGGGUGAUUUCAAACAACAGAGGAACUCAUUGCCUCACAGUUCUGGAAUCAGAAAUACAAAGUCAAGAGUUCUACAAGGCCAAGCUCCCUCUCAAGACAAGGCCAAGCUUCCUCUCAAGGCUCUAGGGAAGGGAUUGCUCAAGUCUCUCUCCUAGCUGCUGGUAGCCUCAGCAGUUCCUUGGUUUGUAGAUGCAUCACUCCUGCCUUCCCAUCAUCUUCCCUCUGGCCAGAUUUCCCCUUUUUAUAAGGCCACCAGUCAUUGGUAGAGCCCACACUAAUGACCUUGCUUUAAACUCAUUACCUUGAUGAAGAUCCCAUUUCUGUGGCACCUGGGUGGUUCAGUCAGUUAAGCAUUUAACUCUUGGUCUCAGCUCAGGUCUUGAUCCCAGAGUCAUGAGUUCAAGCCCUGCACUGGGGUCAUGGACCCUACUUAAAAACACCCCAUUUCCAUAUAUGUUCUCAUUAUGAUGUAGGGGAAUUGGGACUUCAGCAUGCCUUUUGGGAGGACAUGGUUCACCCCAUAACAGAACCUAUAACAAGAUGAAAAAACGAAUUGGGAGACUAAUGUUCUAGGAAACCUAUUCUGCUUCUAAUAGAUCAAAUAGAAUCUACUGCAGACAAUAGUUUGGGCUUCAGUUUCUUGCCUUUCUUUCCCCUUAAGAAAGUUUAGGUUGAACCACACAAAAUAGCCAUUUUCAAAGGUCAGAAUGGUCAAAUACAAUUUCCUAUGGCUCGACCUAAUGACUUAGGGAUAGCCUUGCAGCCCCCUACCCAGUCAUCCUUGCACAGCUGAAAGAUCAGCUAGACGACUCCACUGCCAGAGUGGAUUGAUCCCGGGAUGGCCAAGCCCAGAGAAGAUUCCCAUCCCUGGGGCACACCUGCAGUUUCCAGGCUGCAAGAAAGGCCCCAGCAGAAGAUCAGGGUCACAGUAAAGGUGAGGCUAACAGUUCCUUCUUCCUGGAAAUCCUGGCAGAGCUUGGGCAGGUGCCUGGCCCGCAUCUGUGUAGUUUGCAUGUCUGGCAACAGCCUCUCUUCCAGAUCUUCCAUCUAAUGACACUGGAGCCUGUGGGCUCUUGAUGCCUCUCUCAUAGCUUCUCAUGAAUAGUAGGCAUGUGUAAAAAUGUGAAGCUGAAGGAAUGAGCCAACACUGCCAUCUAGUUUCACUUAAUUAGUAGAAAGGAGUUUAGACAGAGAAGGUACUUCAAAUUGCUAAAGCAUACCAGGCCAUCAUCCAAGCUAAAAAGAACCUAACAAAGAUUCCCAGAGGACCAGGUUUUAUUACGUAUGUGCAUACCUUCCUUCCCAUCCACAUGUAAGGUUUUCGUCUCACUGUUUUGCUGGUGUCUGGGCUGUCUGUAUUGCGGGUGUUCUGCUUGCACCUGCACAGGGUCAGCCGCGGGAAAGGCUUGGCGGCUGUUUAUGCAGGGCCUUCCACAGCCGGCAAGGGCAAAAUGGUUUCCCUGCUAUGCAGUAGACUCCAUUCCUAGGCUUGACCAAGCUUGCUUUCUUGCCUUCAUCAGCUUGCAUUUUUGAUAAAUCUGUAAGCUGGAGGGCAGGUGGCUUAGGAGGGGAGUUUCCUGAGAACUGGGCCAGCUCUGCUCAGUCAUGAGCUUGCUGUGUAGCUGUUGCUGUGCAGAUACUCCUCCAUGCCCAUUUCCCCUCAUUACCCUGGCCAGUAGGGAACAGUUUGAAUAAAGAUUGGGAAUUGAUGUGGGUCAGUGUUAAAAUACCUUUGAACUAUCAGGGCAAACAAUUGGGCAGCCAGCUUUUGCUCUUAACCCCAGGUUUCUAAAUGCCUAGGAAAUAUAAUAGAUGGUCAUGUACAGAAGUACAUUGAAGGAAUUUUUAAAAAUUAACUUUUUCUCCAGUGGGAAGGUGGAAUGAAACAUAAAAGGAAGUCAAGAAAAACUAUUCUUAGGGUGCAGAUGUCCUUUGUGUUCUGUGUUUCAAUUCGCAUUUCCUUCUCAAGAUGCUGACCACCUAUCACAGGGAGUCAUGAGGCCAAAUGACUAUUUUAUCUAAUAACCAGCCAUCAUGGAACCCUAGGCAAACCCCUCUUUCCAAUGCCAACCAUACAGCAUUCUCUAUGGUAGACACAAGAAAAUCUCAAGUUUAAAUCACUAAAGUCUUGGAUUUUAUGUUUCAGGAAGAUUUAAAUUUUUUUUUUUUUUAAGAUUUUAUUUGUCAGAGAAAGCACACAAGCAGGCAGAGAGGCAGGCUCCCCGCCGAGCAAGGAGCCCUAUGUGGGACUCCAUUCCAGGACCCCGGGAUCAUGACCUGAGCCAAAGGCAGCAGCUUGACCACUCAGCCACCUAGGCAUCCCUCAAAAUUUCUUUUGAUAAUAUUCUUUGUCACUACUAACAUCAGCUCAGAAUUACAGAAUUGGCUUAUUUUUCAUCUUAGUUACGGAUUUAAAAUUAAGUGAACUGCAGACAGAUAAGGGGGAAAAACCAUAGGCUGAUAUCCUUUAUGAAUAUAGAUGCAAAAAUUUUCAACAAAACACAAACUAAAUCCAGCAGCACAUUUAUUUUUUAAAAGAUUUAUUUAUUUUAAAGCGGAGGGGAAGGGCAGAGGGGGAGAGAGAAUCUCCAGCAGACUCAGCUGAGCAAAGAGUCGGAAUUGGGGCUCAGUCCCAGGACCCUGAGAUGACCUGAGCUGAAAUCAAGAGCUGGACAUCCAACCGACUGAAACACCCAGGCCCACCUCCCCCAACAUCACAUUUUAGAAGAUUAAACACCAUGACCAAGUGGGAUUUAUCACAGAAAUACAAGGGUAGUUCAAAAGAAUAUAAUGUAAUACACCAUGUUAAGAGAACAAAGGAAUAAAACCACAUGAUCAAUUGAUGCAAAAAAGGUACUUGACAUAAUUCAAUGCCCUAUCAUGAAGAAACACUCAAGAAAACUAGGAAUACUUGCAGAACAUAAUAAAAGGGUAUCUAUGGAAAACCUACAGCUAGCAUACUUGGUGAAAGACUGAAAGCUUCCCUGCAAAGAUCAGGAACAAGAUAAGGAUCCAAUAUGCAGCCAUCAAAAAGUGAAAUCUUACUGUUAGCACUGAUGUGGAUGGAACUAGAGGCUGUUAUGCUAAGUGAAAUUAGUCAAUCAGACAGUUAUACAUGGAAUUUAUUUUUUUUUUACUAUAUGAAAAAAUCAGGGCACCCGGGUGGCUCAGUGGGUUAAAGCCUCUGCCUUCCACUCUGGUCAUGAUCCUAAUGUCCUGGGAUGGAGCCCUGCAUUAGGUUCUCUGCUCAGUGGGGAGCCUGCUUCCACCCCUCUCUCUGCCUGCCUCUCUGCCUACUUGUGAUCUCUGUCUGUCAAAUAAAUAAAAUCUUUUUAAAAAUAAAUAAAUCUGUAUCUAUAUAUUUAUAUAUACAUACACACAUGCGUACAUACACACAUACGUGUAUGUAUAUAUGGCCAUCCCAGUAGAUGUGAAGAGAAACCACUUUGUGCGUGUGUGUUUUAAUCAAGAUGAAAGUCACAUAGCAUAAAAUUAACUUUUAAAGUGUAUGACUCAGGAUGCCUGGGUGGCUCAGUCAUUAAGCGUCUGCUCUCAGGUCAGGUCAUGAUCUCAGUGUCCUGGGAUUGAGCCCUUCAUUGGGCUCCCUGCUCCACGGGAAGCCUGCUUCUCCCUCUCCCACUCCCCAUGCUUGUAUUCCCUCUUUCUCUCUCUCUCUCUCUGUCAAAUAAAUGAAAUCUUUAAAAUAAAAUAAAAUAUGAUUCAGGGCAUUUAGUACAUUUCCAGUGUUGUACAACAACCACCUCUCCCUAGUUUCAAAAUUUCAUCACCCCAGAAGACAGCCCCAUUAGUAGUCACACCCUGUUCUCUCCUCCCACAUUCCCAGGCAAUGCACCGGAAUUAAAAAGAGAGACUCUUUUAAAAAGAGAGACCUGCAGCUCAGGUCGCAAUCCCGGAGUCCUGGGGUCAAGCCCCAUGUCGGGCUCCCUGCUCAGGAGAGAGCCUACUUCUCCCUCACCCUCUGCUGCUCCCCACUGCUCAUGCUCUCUCUCUC